CCGUUGCCAGGGCAGCUCAUGCCGGCGUCCGGAAGAGGUGACAGAGCCCUGGCGGCCCUAGAAGGGAGGAGCGGAGCGACCGCUGGCAAGAUGGCAGCUGAUGAAGGCUCUCAGGACACCUUGAGGCUCCAGUUCAAGGCGCUGCAGGAGCUGCAGCACCAAAGGUUACAGAAGCAGAUGGAGAAAAGGAAGGAGAAGGAACUGAGCCUCAAAAGCAGAGUCGAUGGCCAAAAAGAGCCUUUGGAGAUCUCUGACAGCCUCAGCCUCUUCCACACGGGGGAGCAACUCUCAAAAAACAGCUUCGAGCAGAGGGUGCUUGAAGACGAGAUUGAGCAGCUUCGAGAUCAACUCAGGGAAACAGUCGAUGAAAAUGGGAGAUUGUAUAAGCUGCUGAAAGAAAGGGACUUUGAAAUCAAACACCUCAAAAAGAAAAUAGAAGAGGACAGAUUUGCCUUCACAGGAACAGCCGGUAUGGCUGGAGAUGUAAUCGCCACCAAAAUCGUCGAGCUGUCCAAAAAGAACCGGGUGUUGAUGGCAGAGUCGGAGGGUGCUAAAACCAGAGUGAAGCAGCUGACCAAUCGUGUCCAGCAGCUGGAGCGGGAAUUGCAGAUGGCCCUGGGCAGGCUGCCAGCCCAGGGGGGCACCGAUGCAGGAGCCAAGCUGCCGAGAGCCCAGAUGGGAGACAGAGCCUUGCCAGAGACCCCAGAGGUAAAGAUCCUUCAGGACAGGCUGGCGGCCGCAAACCUGAAGAUGAGCGACCUGCGCAACCAGAUCCAGACCGUGAAGCAGGAGCUCAGGGUGGCCCAGAAGGUCUUGGCCAGUGAGGUUGGAGAAGACGUGAACAUCCAGCAGCUCCUGUCCAACCCCGGGACCUGGCGGGGUCGGGCUCAACAAAUUCUCGUUUUACAGAGUAAGGUUCGAGAGCUUGAGAAGCAGUUGGGACAGACCCGGAGCCGGUCUGUGGGAACAGCCGGUGAUGAGCUGUCCAUCCAUCCAGACCCAAGGAAGCUGUCAGCGCAGGAUAAAAACCUGUUGAGGAUCCGCAACUUGGAAAGGGAAAAACAGGAAGGCUGGGAGAAACUCGCAAGUGAGCGGGAUGCCCUCCAGAGAGAGCUCGAGGAGCUGAAAAAGAAGUUUGAGGGCCUGAGAUCUCGGAACAAGGUGCUGUCAAGUGAAGUGAAGACCCUCAGAGGUCAGAUGGGGACCCUGGUGGAGAAGGGCAGGCACGACGAUGAGCUCAUCGAUGCUCUCAUGAACCAGCUGAAGCAACUGCAGGAGAUUCUGGGCAGCCUGAGUCUACAGGAGGAAAAGACGCGAGCAUCCCAGCACCGCCUGGACCAGCAGCUCAACAGCGAGGCUCAGCGGAGCAGCAGCCUCGUCGCCCAGCUGCGGGCCAUGGUUGCUGAGCGGGAGGCCAAGGUGCGGCGGCUGGAGUCAGAGAUCGGGCAACUCAGUGCGCAGCAUCUUCAGAAUAAAGGAGUGGGCGAAGGGUCUGGCAGUCCUGAGGUGAACCCCACGUAUGCCAAGUUCCCGGAGGAGCCGGGCCUGACCAAGUGCCCAGACUCAGCAGGCGAUCACGUUGGCAGGCUCAGAUCUUCUCGCUCGGUGACCAGCUUGGGCCACACGCUCGUGGAAUCUGCUCUCACAAGGCCCUCCCUGCCCAGUCCCCACAGGGCCUCACCCAGGUUUGCAGACUCCCCAGAGCAAAAGGGCUGGCAGGCCCAGGUAACAGAGUUCAAGGCCCUCUGGCAGGCCGCCGAGGUGGAGCGUGACCGGCUCACCGAGUUUGUCACUGUCCUGCAGAAACGGGUGGAGGAGAGCAACGGCAAGCUUCUGGAGUCAGAGAGGAAACUGCAGGAGGAGCGGCAACACACGGUGGUGCUGGAACAACAUCUGGAAAAGAUGCACUUGGAGCCCGGGCGGGCUCCAGCCUCCCAAAGAGCAGCCCCCAGGAGCAAAACAGGUCUGCCCGCCUCUAACACCAGGCACAACCCGAAUGUGAGUGAGAGGAAGGACCUGUCCUUUACCCAGCUCUCCUACGUGCCCGUGGAAUCCCAGAUGGAGGAGCUGACCACCAGGCUGGCGAUCCAGGUGGAGGAGAACAAGAUGCUGAAGGCUGCCCUGGACAGUGCCCUGCGGGGAAAGGAGGAAGACUUCCGCAUGUACCAUGAGGCCCUGGGCCAGGUGAAAGGGGUCUUCCUGCAGGCCCUGCGGCAGCAGAAGGCAGACAAGCACUAAGCUGGCAGACCAGCAUCGGCCUGGCUGGGCAGGGCAGCCUGAGGCCUCAAGAGGAUGAGGUUCUGUCUGAGGGCACCAUCUGCCCCAGGAAGCCAGCCCAAGGCAGCUUGCUGGGACCCUCCUCCCAGAAGAGGCUCUUCAAGGGUGACCAGAGCCAAGGUCACAGGCCAGGAGGGCAAAGGAGAAGCCCUGGUAGAGCCAGGUGUGGCUACCACAGAGAAGGAGGCCCAGCAGCCCACUUGGCAUCAGUGAAAGCUCUGGGACAACCAGCCGGCAUGAACGGGCAGGUGCAGACCCCCAGCAUGUGCUCACCACCUUUGCCUUAUGGCCCAGCUGGAGACCCUAUGCGCCUAUGCAGCGUGAUACACACAGGAGAGCCCUUGGUGCUCCAGGCUGGGUGCAUCCCCCAGGCCACCCAGCCCUACCCCAUCCCUCUUCAGGGCAUCCGCCACCCCCCACCUCAACCCCCAUGGCUCCAUCUGUGGCCAUCCCACCUCCCCACACUCUCAGCCACCUGUUCUGCCCACUCCUCAGACCUCUCUCCCUCAGGUGCAGAUCCUUGAACUUGUAAUAAUAACUAUUAUUUUCAUAAUCACUGCAGCUCCCCGUGAGUGAGCAUCUCCCAUGGAAACCUGACCCAUCUGGUCCUCCCGAUAAUCCAGGAGAUUCUCACCCUGUUUGACAGAUGAAGGAACUGAGACUCACUGAAAGAAAAGGAACUAAUAUUUAACCCUGACCUACCUGGCUCCAAAUUGAGAGUCCUCCAGCAAAGCAGACUGCCCACCCCACAGCUGGCCAGCUCUGCUCCCAGCCCAGCUGCUCCAAGAGGCACUUCCCUCUGCCCCCAAAAUAAUGCAGCUGGUGUGUGUCAGUGGCAGAGAGCCAGACCUAUGAGCAGGAGGGUUUUGAGGCAGUGGGUCCAGGCUAAGGUGCAGUGCACCUCCCUCACUGCAGCACGGGGCUGAGCUGGGAGGGCUGCUGCAGGGGGGCCUCAUGAACCCCCAGCUCCCUGUGUGGUUGUUGCAGUGUCACCCCAUCUCAACUGCAGUUAUGACCACAGGGAGAGGGUGGCCCCAAGGAGGGUCACCCAGAGCCACACACCCCAACUGCAGACACUCUGGCUACACAUGUGCACACAUAGGCCCACACAGCUACAGAUGCACACAUGUACUAGAAUCAGUCAUUUAUGCACAGGUGCACAGACCUCUCCACCCAGAGGCGUGUGCACAUGUGUAGCCAUGCACACAGGCACAGGUGAACAUGCAUGUACACAGUGCAGACGCAUCGCCCCAUGUGAAUACAGUCCCUUGUGCUAUGGGAAACACAGAUGCAGGUGCACGCAGGGACCUGCACAUGUCCUCCUUCGUCAGGGAAGCCACCUGGGGGUCCUGGGGCUCUGUCUGAGGGAACGGCCUCUGUGCUGACAGCAGUGCUCAGACCCUCCCUCGGGGAUGUGGCCGUGGAGGGAUCCAGGGCUGGCCCCCACCCCACAUCCCCGCCAUGGGGAGCCCCUGACCCUGCAUCCAGAGAUCCUGCGGCAAGGUGUAAUGAAGGCCAUCAGGAAGAAGCAGCGAUUCUGAUGGAGUCCUAAGGGCCUCAUGGAAGGAAGAAUUUUUCUCCCAUUUCUCAUGAAGAGAAAUGACCAGGCGGAGCCAAGGCGGAGUGUGAGUGGCUGUGCUGGGACGCGGCAGCGCGAGGCAUCAAGUAGGAGGCGCGUCCAAGUGCCAAGGGGCCGGCACCUGUAGGUGCUGGGGAGCCUCAGAGGGGGGUGAUUUUAGCGUGUGGGGGAGGCUCGUCCUCAGUGGCGUCCAUGGAAAUGAGAAGCGGGCACAGGACUGGCCACCUUCCUCGGGGUCACCUCAGGAAGUGCAGCGGCUGCGAGACCUACACCUUGAAGACUUGAGGGUGUCCUGGCUCAGGGCUGGGUCUGAGAGCAGAAAGAGGAUCAGGUCACAGGGACUGACCCCUUUCGCCACGCACCAGCUCCAUGACUUUGGGCAAGUUAUUUAACCUCCCUGAGCCUCCAUGUCCAUCUGUAAAAUAGGGACAAUAGGGCUGUUGUAGGCCUCAAAGAAUAACUGAAAGACAUUUACCUAAUUAUGAGCUUGCUGUUCACAUCUGUGCAAGGGAAAUGUGUCAACAGAUUGAUUUCAUCCCACAAAGAUAAAAACAGGAUGAUACAAGAGAGUGAGGGAAGAAAAACCACAGACAGGCACAGUAAAUCUUAUUUGCACAUUUUGGGACAAACUGGUUAGCACGCAUCUUGCAGGGGUCUGUCUGCAUUUGUCCCUUGCUUAGGCCAAGUCUGGGCAUAAAGUGGCUUUUUUGGUUUACGAAUCCUGCGGGCAACCUUGAGAGCGUAGCCGUGGAGCUCCCGGCAGGAGUCAUCAUCUGUCUCGUUGCAACGCCUGCCAGCAAUGUCCCCAUCAGAGUCCCCCCAGCAGGGUUCAGGGAGUUAAAAGGGGGCAGGUGCUUAGAGCAGCACCUGGCACACAGCGACUGCUCAAUAAAUGUUGGCUCUUAGCAUUGCCUCUAUUAGCUCAACAAAUAAUUGUUGAGCAGCGACCCUGCUUGGGCACAGGGCUGCCGAGGUGAAUAGACACAGCCCCUGAUCUCCAGGGACUCCCAGCCUGGAGAGGAGGUGAAUCCAACUUGCUUCCUCUUUUCCAGGAGCUCCGGAUGGGGUCUGAGCAGCCUGGGAAACAGGGCCAUGAGGGGGUGGGCGGGGGUGGGUGCAGCGACCUGCGGCGGUGCCCCAGAGCCUUCCCCCUUCCUCACCCACUCCUGGACUCAUUGCCACCUGUUCUUCACCCUGAGGUAGAGGGUGGGGGCAAUGGAAAGCCCAGGAGAGCCUGGGAGGAUUUGAAGGGAAGGAGAGGUGUCAAAGGGGCCAAGGGCUGGGGCCCCAAGGAAUCGAACCAGGUCAAAGGAGCGGGGUGGGGGCUUGCGCCCUUGGCCCUUCCUGGGCAGUACCACCUGUCCCUGGGGCCCUGAAGAUGACCUCCCCACCCCUGAGGCAGUUGGGUAGCAGGUGGGCUGGACUUGCCUUUUACAGAGGAAAACAUCAGAGGUUCCUGCCCUGAAGGCAAGGUUAGGGGAGGGAGACACUCUGGGGGAUGGAGGGGCAGGGACAAGGAGAGAGGCUGAGUGGUGGAGAAGUCUCAGGUGAGGGCUCUCCCUGGCCGCACCCCAGGCAGGUGCAGCAGGCCUGGGUGCUCAGGUUCCAGCGCUGACAGGUGAGACCUUGGUGAGCCAUGGGUGUGGCUUGGCUGCUGUCCCUCCCCAUGGGGCACCACAGCUGAGCUAGGCAAGGUCGUGGACUGGCUCAGGCUACCUGGAGCCCUGAGCACAUCCCAUUGACACUGGGCCCCUCCCCUGCUCCCAGGAGCCCGGGUCAGGGUGGCCUUCAAUGGGGUGCUGCUCUGGGCCCCCCACAUCCAGUGACAGGAAUGAGUCUCUCCUCCCCUUCUCCCCCAGUGAGCCCACGGCCAGCCCUCGCUACAAGAAGUCUCUGCCUGCCUGCCCCCCUUUCUGCAGAUGCUGCAUCCACACAUCAUCUCCCCUAUGGUCCCUGAGCCCCACAUAUACAAUGCACACAUCACAGUCACACCAACAACACAAAUACUCUACAUGUACAUCACACAUUCCAACACCACACAACAUAUAGAACACAUGUAGCAUACACAUAUACAAAUGCCACAAACAAUAUACAACACACAAAAAAUACAUAGACUCCAUGCACAAAAGACACAAAACACAAUUACACUCACACACUCAAAUAUACAUAGGGUACUUUCCCUGCAUUUUUUGACAAAAAAUAUAUAAGUAUAUUGAAAGAUGAAGGUGACUUGGUGUCUAAUGCUUGAGAGGAAUCGGCCCCUCCCCGACACGCCUUUCCCAGUGGGCCUUGCAGCAUGUGGGAUGCCAGCCCCAAGCCCUUGUGCUGGUCUUAGCUGAGUCACAGCUUCUUGCCCCUUGUUUUGUGGUCUAACCAUGCCAGGCCCCCUCUCUCACCACCCUUCACAAAGGGGGGUGCUGGCCUCUGGCUGUCCAGCCCCAGGUCCAAGAGGCCUCUCCAGCCCCACUUGCUCUUUCUCUCCAGCCCCACAUGCCAAGCUCCCUGCAGACCCCACUGCUUGGGGGUUGCACAAGUGCACAUCUCCUCACUGCUGUGGGGGUGAGAGUCCCACCUCUCUGGGCCUCUGGAGUGAGGGGGUCUGUGGCUCCCUGAAUCCCAUCUCUGAGCAGUUCAGCAAGCCAGGCGCUUGUCAGGGAGUGAGUCAUCAGGAGUGAACCCAGGGAGGUCAGAGCCAACAGUAUGCCCAUUUUACAGAUGAGGAUCUGAGAUCCAGAGAACUGGUAGGAAUUGGCCCAAAUCUUACCAGAAGGGCAGAGCUGAAUCCGUUGGCAGCUGGUUGAAUCCAUGCUUUAAACCCUGGGCCCAACAAUCCCAUCUGCUUCCUGGAGCCGUUGUCUUCAAGCCUGAACAAGGCACCCACUGGAUGGCAGGCCUGCCCAGGCCAGUCUCAGCCAGCGCUGGGUGUAGGUGAGCUGGGGCCUCGCCCUGCAGAACAGCCAGUUCCAGAAGUUUAUGGGGUUGAUCCAACUGCUUAACCUUUUGUGUCAGUUUCCUCUUCCAAAAACGGGGGAUAAUGAUAACACCUACUCCAUAGGUUGUGGUAACAUUAAAAAGAGUUCAUCCAAACACAGCCUUAGAGCCAUGCCUGGCUGCUAGUCUUAAUUUACCCCUCCCCUGACAACCAUUGACUGCGCUGUGAGGACUCUGCUCAGUCGUCACCUCCUCUAGGAAGCCCUCCCUAAUCCUUACAGUCUGGCUCUAGCACCCCUCCCUGACACUGACUCCAGUGUCCACAAUCUCCAACCGCAGCCCUAACUUGGCCACCACACUGUGUAGUGAUCUCCGUUCACUGCUUCUUAGGGUCGGGGACUAGCAACCAACCCAACAUGUGCUCUCAGCUGACACCACCCCCAGAUGUAGUGUGUCUGGACUCCAAGCCAGGCUCUGAGAAAUGGGUGUGUGGGGGCCCUCCCCACAGCACUCAUGUAUACUGCAAGUAUUUCCUGGGCACCUACUACAUGCUAAGCUCUGCUCUAAGCACUGGAGAUGCAGCAGUGAGCAACAGGCAAUCCCUAUUCCAUAGUGCUUAGAAUAAUACACACAUAGGAUGGGGUCACAGGUCUCAGUGUUUGAGAG